AUUUUCCAACGACGAGGGGCCAAUUCUUGUUCGCUCUUGAGAUAUCGCGAGGGAAAAGUGUUGACGUGAAGGGGAAUUUAUUCGAGAAUUUUCAGAGAAAUAAUUGCUGGGAUUUUUAGGAUUAUUUUUUUAGAGAGCCGGAGGGGUUGAGCGGGGUGAGGAAGUGACAAGUAAGGUCAGGGAGACCUUCUGCGGGGGGAGGGCAAUUUUUUGAGGAGUUUUGAAUGGGUCAAUUAUUUUUCCGUUGUUCUAAUGCUAGCUGCUAGAGCACUGGACUCACUGCUUAUUUUUGUUUUCCCGCCUUUUUCGUAUUGAGAGGAAUUAUGGCAAAUUCCAGGACGUAGGCAUUGAGGGGGGCAAUUACGAUAUCCAAGAGACCGCUGAAGUGAUGAUGGCUAAGGAGCGCGUGAUGCGGACGAAGGGACGAACUUAUCCCGAUGGAUUGUCAACGACUACCGACGACUGUCGCUCCCUUAUUGAUGUGUGUGAAGUGGACACACGUUACGAUUAUACCACUGACGUUGAAGAUAUGACGGUGUCAAUGGCACGGAGAAUGAGCAUAACUCGUAUAUUGGCACGAAAAUCAGCCGCCUGGGCUCGUUAUUCACUUCAGAAAUUACCUAUUCGAUUGACCCUGGGGAGUCUGGGAGUUUUGACUGUCGCUCUUGCCAUUGUAAUGCCCCGUGCAUUCACUUACAUUGUGGUCUAUCCAAUUUUCAGACUGGUCUUUGGGACACUUUAUCCGGCUUAUGCGUCUUACAAAGCUGUUCGUACCAAGAACGUUAAAGAAUAUGUAAAAUGGAUGAUGUACUGGAUCGUAUUUGCCCUAUUCACCUGUGCCGAAACUUUCACAGACGUAUUUUUCAGUUUCUGGUUUCCAUUCUACUACGAAAUCAAGAUAAUUCUAGUUCUCUGGCUUCUAAGCCCAGCAACAAAGGGUUCAAGUAUUCUCUACCGACGUUUUGUACAUCCAGCAUUGAUAAGACGUGAAGCUGAAAUUGAUGAUGCCCUAGCGAGGGCAACUGAGCAAGGCUACACAGCUGUCCUUCAUCUCGGCACAAAAGGUGUCAAUUAUGCUACAACAGUACUGAUGCAGACGGCGAUUAAGGGUGGAGGUGGAUUAGUACAGCAGCUAAAAAAGAGCUACAGUCUGAGCGAUUUGACGGGUGAAAAGGAGGAUGAAAAUAGAAAUACAUCAGCGAUGCAUGACGAGACAGACAUGACAGUGGAACCUCGUCGGAGAGAGAAUACAGGGAGACGUGGAUACAGUCCCAGGAGGACACAAUCGAAUUGUAAUAGAGUGGAGAUGUACUUUUCGGAGGUGGAUGUUGAUGUCAGACAGCCGAGGCCUAGAGAUCCAAUAGCUAGUUUAACGAAUAUUAGGUCAUCCGACGACAUAUCCAGUGGCUAUAGCAGCGGUGAAGCUCUCCAAAGUCAUCGCAUGACCUCUCACACUGAAUCACUCCUCAGGACAUCGAGUGUAGGUGCGAGGACGAGAUCAUCAAAACCCCGAGCAGCAACGAAAAAAGCCCCAGAGAAUUUGAAGGAUGAAGAGGAAAAUUGGGAGUUGGCGUCGGGGUCCAAUCAUUUACCCCUGACACUGUCCGAAAUAAGUGCCAAACAAGCUCUGGAGCUUUUAUUCCUCCUCACCCGAGUAAACAUCCCCUAUAGUCGAUCAGAGCCAAAACUGACUGAAAUACACGAAAACCAGACUGACACUAAAUGCGAGGAGAUGUUUUGUGACGCCUCAUCAUCAGAGGGUGUCACAAUUCACAAGGAGAUGUCAGAAAUUCCGCAAAUCGAUUUCGAAAUGACUGAGAACCCUGUGAAGCUCGUGAACCCCUCUAGAAAUUCUCCAGAGGUGUCAGACUGUCUCGAAGAAACUGCCAGACAGCUGAGCCAGAUAGACAUGACGAAAAUAACGGAAGAGAUAUGUCAGGAGAAAAUGUCAGAGCUUAAAAGGCUCCUUAGUGAUGCCCACAGCGCUGUAUCGAGUCUCGCGAAUUCCCAAGAAGAUUUGAGAAUUGAAUCCAAAGCCGAUUCCGCAGCAAUAGAAAGCCCUGAUGCCAAUACUGUGGACAUAUGGACAACCCCAAAAACCUCGCGAAGUAAUUCCGAGAGUCACGACAGAGCGGGGAAAUACAACAAGAAGCCAGCGCCGAGGGCACCAGUUGCACACCCCAACGACCAUCGGGACGAAGUGGAGGCACAGCCCCUUAAGGCAACUCUUGUCCUCAAGCCCGAUCACCAGCUUUGCGACCCUUCCCCGGAGCAAAAAGACAACCACUAAGAAGAAGGUGCCAUGAGACAUGAAAUACGAACCUUACAUUAGAGAAGAGAGUGAUUUACUCGUACCAGUGUGAGCGAUAAUUGUCAUCGCUCCUGAUAAUUCAUACUCUACGCAUUGAUGGAUCGCACAAAGUAUUUCUGUGGGAUCAGCUGAAUAAACUCGACGGCCAAAAACGCGCAAUAAAAGUUCUUUCAAUAUCACGUCAUGACAUUUCAGUUUAACGGAUUGAGAUCAAUCAUGAAACGUGACGCUUUUUUUAUUCAUCGGAUGUACUAUGGAUUUUGUUUGAAUACUGCGCUUUACCGAAUGCUCAUGUGUGAGCGAAAUCACAAUGCUCACAUGCAAUAGACGCAGUGGAGAGAGAAUUAUUGGAAUGGAGUGGUACUUGUUCUGGUGAACGUGUCGGGACAAGAAUUAUCUGAGAUCCAGUAAUUUUCUCAAUGUUGCAUAUCUCUAUACCAAAACAAUUAAUGCUCUGUAUUGUAAUUUUUAAUGGAUGUAUAGACGACGUCAAGAAACGAUGAGGGAAUUUUUCAAAAGGAGAUUUUAUGCUUUUUUGCCUUGGGGAUGAACUUACUGCUUUCUAGGGGUUAUUUACAAGAGGGGUAGAACACCCCUAGAUAGGAAUGAAGACACUGUUGAGGAGAAUAGGUGUUUCAUGAACGUUUUAGGGGAGAAAAUCGUAAAGCUUUUGAUUUUAUUGAAAUUUCUGAACUGAAAGAUCAAAAUUCCUCCAUUAUUUUCAAUUUCUAGUAACAUACUCAUAAUUCAACGCUGAAUUCUCCGGAAUUUCUCUAAUUCCUAUAAAUCUUUUCAUCUUUGACUAAACUAGGUCUUUUUUCGUUAAUUUUCCAUGGAAUUUUCAAAGUCCUUUGAUAUUUCAGGGGAACUAAACAAGAUUUCCAACAGUGCAUCAUUUUACUAGGCAAAAAUAUCUAAAAUCUGGUCGAAGGUGGAUAAUACACACCUAGGGUUAGCCCUCAUCAUUCAAUGUACGAAGGUUGAUGAAAAAUACUUGUGAUAUGUUAACCGAAUCGAGGGAUUGAUUGGAUACUUCAUAAAAAACAUAGACGAAGUGGAGGCUCUUAGGAAUGAUUCUAGUCAGCUCGAAUUUUUCUAGGAUCAGCGAGCAACUAGAUAACCGUUAUUUCUAAAGAAAUAUUUACUUGUAAAAAUGAACUUCAUUGGGAAAACGAAAUGUGAGUGACUUAGCGAUUUUUUUCCCUUAUUCUCAUUUCUGACAGAUUUUUCUGUAUUAAAGAUUUUGACGGGCAGUCUGUUAAUGACUGCGUGAAUUUAUUGUGUACAUGACAAGUAUGAUUGAUUUAUCGGUGAAUUUGACGCACAAUUUUUAUGUUCUCGAUCGAAUAAAUAACUAUAGCGGAGGAAAAAUUGUUUAAAAGACGUUAAGAGAAUUGAGUGUAUAUAUUUUAUGUACGUUCUCAAUAUCGUUUAUCCACGUUUAAAUGUGAAACAUGAACAUAUUAUAGAAGACAUAUAUGAAAUGAGAAAGGGUAAAGACAAGUGGGGUAAAACGGACACUUGAUUUUUUUUUUAAUAAUACGUUAAAUUGUUACUGCAAUGGGAUAAUUUUUUGUCAUGUGCAACUAAAAACUAUCUCAUUGCAUUGUCAAGUGUUAAUUUUGUCCUAUUUUCUCCCUUUUAAUUUGUAAAGUUCGAUUUGUUAAUUCGUCAAUUGAUACUUUAGGUCAUUAAAUGUGAUCAUGUAUUAUCUAAACAAAUGCUAACUCUCUAAUCAUCGCCCCAGACGUAUCGUUAAACAUAGGUAUCUGGUAAACAUUUUUUAUGCAUGACUGCAAACUUAGGAGAACGAACUAUAGAGUUGUGAAAACUAAAAUUAACAUUUAAUAAAAGGAAGUAUUACGAGACUGUAAUGAUCCUAAUUUUUGCGGGGGGAUAAUUGGAAUGUGAAAAUUCAAUGACGAGUCCUUCGGGCUCCUGGUGCUACCGAUACUCGCUUCUUGUUCAUUUUUCACGUUUUCAUUUUAUACAUGUAUAAAUGUUGGCUAUUUAGAUGCGUUAAUGAUAAUUAAUUACGGGGAGAUUUAAGAAUUGGAAUAUUGUGAGAGAAGAAUUGACAUGAGAUUUCUGAGGAUGUGAGUGAAAUGUUGUGUUCUUGGCACUUGUGUAUUGAAUAAAAAAUAGGGAAUUAUCAUCUUUA